ACAGAGCAAAAGUCCACACGCCUCCUUUGUAUUAAUUUAUUGCUGGAUUGGACUGGAUCGGUCUCUGUCAGGGGAGUUUAGGGCAGAGUCUUUGCUAAGAUUUUGGACAGUCAGGACUAGAAGAUGCUUGUAACCAUCUUCCUGCUGCUGGUUGCUCUCUGUGCCAACAGAGGGUGCGGUGAGGACAGCGAAGCGGUGCAGAGACCUGGCCACGUGUCUGUCAUCGUAGUGGGGGCAACGGGGGACCUGGCGCGGAAAUACCUGUGGCAGGGAUUCUUCCAGCUGUAUGUUCAGCAGGUCGGCAGCGGGCACACCUUCACCUUCUACGGGGGAGGACUGUCCCCAGCUGAGACGGCCACGCCGGUCCUGUUCGAGAUCCUGAAGGCGGUCUCGUGCUCGAAGGAUGUCUCGCAGGAACGCUGCGCCGUCUUAAAAGAGCAGUUCCUGCGUGUCUCCCAGUAUCGGCAGCUGAAAACCGUGGAGGACUACCAGGACCUGGCCAAGCACAUAGAGCAACAGCUUCGGAAAGAGGGGAUGACUGAGGAAGGGAGGCUCUUCUACCUCUCUGUUCCAGCUUUUGCUUAUACAGAUAUAGCUGAGAAGAUUAACGGCACUUGUAGGCCCGCUGGUGGGAUUUGGCUGAGGGUCGUGCUCGAAAAACCUUUUGGACACAACUACAGGAGCGCUCAAGUGCUCGCAACUGAGCUCAGAAGCUUUCUGAAUGAAGACGAAAUGUACAGGAUUGACCACUACUUGGGAAAGCAGGUUGUGUCAAAGAUACUUCCCUUUAGGACAGAGAACAGAAAAGCGUUGGAUCCCAUCUGGAACAGGCACCACAUCGAGAGAAUAGAGAUUGUUUUGAAGGAGACGCUUGACUGUAAAGGUCGUAUUGCCUUCUACGAUGAGUACGGGGUGAUCCGAGACGUCCUACAAAACCACCUCACUGAGGUCAUGACGCUGCUGACCAUGAAACUCCCUGCGAACGUGAGCGACAGUGGAGAGGUUCUCCGAAACCGGCUGCAGGUCCUCAAUUCCAUGCUGCCUUUAGGGAAAAACCAAGCUGUGACUGGACAGUACCAAGCCUACAAAACUGAGGUUCAGCAAGAGCUGAAUAAAACCAAGGAUCACGUCAGCGUGACUCCAACAUUCGCAGCUGUUCUGGCCCACAUCGACGAGGCCCGGUAUGAAGGCGUGCCCAUUCUUUUGAUCUCAGGGAAGAUGUUAGAUGAACGUGUGGGAUACGCACGCAUACUUUUUAAGAACAAUGUCUUUUGCAUCCAAAACCACCACAGCGUUCACUGCAAACCUAAACAGAUCGUGUUCUACUUCGGCCACGGCAGUCUCCAGCAUGCAGCGGUCCUCGUUAGCAAGAAUUUAUUCAAGCCAGCUUUAAAAGACCACAGGUGGAAGGAAGUGACUGAGCACACGGAUGUCAGCGUUCUGGGUCUGCACAUUUCAGACUACUAUGUACAAACUCCGAUAAAAGAGAAGGAAGCAUACUCUGAACUCAUAUCUCACAUCUUAGCUGGACAGAAAAACAGCUUCAUCAGUACCGAGAACCUGUUGGCCUCCUGGGGUUUGUGGACUCCACUUCUCAUGGGCCUGACCGGCUCUUUCCCCCGGAUCUACCCUGGUGGAGCCGACAAUGGGGAUAUGCUGGACGUCCACCUGAGAGGGAAAGAAAUCCACUACAACAGCGAGGCGGUAAUAAUCGGUGUUGAUCAGAUAGGAGGCGCAUCAGCCAACGGUUUCCAAGUGAUGCGGGGCAAGUUCCGCAGCGCCGACAUGGUGUCUGCCUGGACCGAGGAGCUGGUCGAGCGGCUGGCCGUGGACAUGGAGGAGGCGGCGGAGGCAGCGGUGAACGAGGGCAGCGUUUUCCACCUGGCCUUGUCCGGCGGGUCGACCCCUCUGGCGUUGUUCCACCGGUUGGCUCUGCACCACUUCUCCUUCCCCUGGUGGAACACCCACGUGUGGAUGGUGGACGAGCGYUGCGUGCCGCCGACCGAACCGGAGUCCAACUUCUACAACCUGCACGAGCACCUGCUGCAGCACGUGAGGAUACCCUAUUACAACGUCCACCCCAUGCCGGUGCAGCUCAACCAGCGCCUCUGCGUGGAGGAGGACGGAGGAGCGCUGCUGUACGAGGGGGAGCUCCGGAAACUCAUCAACGGCUCCAGCUUUCACUUCGUGCUGCUGGGCGUCGGCUACGACGGCCACACCGCCUCGCUGUUCCCCGGCGGGAAGCCGAGCGAGCUCGGGGAGAGCCUGGUGACGCUCACCGAGAGCCCCGUUAAACCUCAUCAGCGCAUGAGCCUCACUUUCAGCGCCAUAAACCGGGCGCGCAGGGUUGCCCUGUUGGUGAUGGGCAAAGGCAAACAUGAGCUGAUCACCCAGCUGAGCCGAGUGAAGGACGAUUCAAACAAAUAUCCCGUCACUGGAGUGAAACCUGCCAGUGGCAGCCUUGUUUGGUAUAUUGACUAUGAUGCACUUUUAGGUUAGGAGGGGAUUUUAACUUUCAAUCCCUUUUUAAAUUCCCUGAAGCUGCUUUAGUUGGUUUACUGGUUGGUGGGAAAAUAAUAUGUAUGACGCAUAACAGAGAGGACCGGUACUUUUUUUUUAGUUUAUACAAACUAAAUAUACUUGAUGUUUCUCUUUAGUGUUCUGUUUAUUUUUAUCCACCAUGCUUCAAGUUGAGCAGAAGGAUUCAGAUGUUUUUUCAUACAGUAAAAAGAAAACUCCUGUAUGUUAGCAGGUUUAGGGUGUAGGAGUUUAAAGCUGCUUUUAAAUCUUUCAUUUUGGUGGGAAAGUGGUUGAAUAUUUUUUUUGCGAGACUGUUUUUCUUUUCAGAAUCAGAAGUGCACUUAAGAGUGAAAUGAAUGGAAAAAUAUGAAGCACGCAUGUCUGCAGUUUAUAGGUUACGCAGCGUGGGAUUUUUUUUUUAUAAAUUCUGGUGCUAAAACCCAGUUUCAACAAACACUGGAGUGAUUUGUGUGAAUAUAUUUUAUCUCAGGUAGAUUUGCAAAUACAGUUUGCAGUUUUCUGUGUAUUCUGCCAUAUUUGAUUGUAUCAUUUCUAUAUUUUCACUGCAGCAACCCGAAUCUAAUGUAUUUGGUUUAAAAAAAAAAGUGCUUCCAAAAGAAUAAUUUCAUUUACUCAUAAAGAAAAUAAAUGCAAAUUUUGUAAUAUUACAAAACAUCUGUUAAAGGCCAUACACAGGGACAUUCCUUUAAGAAAAUGCAUUAAAUUCAACCUGGAGUUUAUUAUUUUUUUGUGUGUCAACAUUUUCAGACAGGAUCUGAUGUAUUAGACGUACAUGAAGUUGUACAUAUUGACCUUCCAAUAAAAUUAUUUCAAUGAGAAA